CUCUUCGAAGACGCGGGUCCUUAUCUGCGCGAGACGUUGCACAUACCACCAUACAAGGAAGUCAACUUGUCGGCCCUUCCGGAUCCUCCUGAAGGGGAGAAACCAAAUCAGCCAUAUCCUAUACUUAUCAAGCUAGCAAUUUACGGAAGCCCGAACAAGCAGCUCACUCUCCAAGAGAUAUACACAACGCUCGAGGAUCGUUUCCAAUGGUUCAAGGUUCGACGACACGAGAAGGCUUGGAAGAACUCGAUUCGCCAUAACCUUUCCUUGAACAAAGUCUUCAAACAUGUGCCACGUGCCAUUACAGAGCCAGGGAAAGGAAGCUAUUGGCAACUCGAC